CCCUAAGCUACACGUUGUUUGUAUAUUUGUAGCGCAAUGUCUGCGUAUCCAGGCAGCUGCUCUUCCUGUCAGAGGGAUGGAGAGGGCCAUGGGGCCGGGGAGCUGUGCUGUGCUGUGUGCAUGCUGCUUCAGGAGUGCGAGAGACUGUGGAAGAGAUGGACUUCCAAAGAGGUAUAUGGGCGGCUGCAUUAGAUGGAGACACUGACCGAGUCAGGCGUUUUAUUGAGAAAGGAACGGAUCCCAAUCAGCCAGAUAGAUUUGGAUACACAGCGCUGCAUUACAGCAGCAGGAAUGGUAACAUCUUGGUUUGCAGUCUUCUCUUGGAUAGUGGAGCAGAUAGCAAUGCUCAAACUCAUGGCGGCAGCACACCAUUGCAUCGUGCUGCAUACUGUGGGCACAUCAAGGUUGUACAACUUCUUCUUGAUCAUGGAGCUGACCCAGCCAGAAUGGACUCAGAUGGAAGGACUGCUCUUCAUAAGGCAGCUGAAGGAGGUCAUCGGGAGUUGUGCCACCUCUUCUUCCAUCAAAAAGCAGAGCUCCUGGAAAUACAGGAUUGUCGGGGUCUGAGAGCAGCUGAUUUGGCCCCAUCAGGAGUGACUGACCUUUUUCCUGCUCAAUUUGCAGUCUAAGUUAUAUGCCACAGGAGAGGUGGACGGACGUGUUUGUCCUGCAAAGUGGCCCAAGGCGACUAUAAUAAAUUGUCCAAUAGGUGGUGAAUCUGGUAGUGCCUGUUCCAACUACUGAUGUCACAUAGAAGCUGCAGUUUCAUAAUGCCAUCUACUGCUGCAGGGUGUGAGAUUCAAGAGAUUUUUUUUUUUGGUAAAUACUUUUGAUCGGCUUUGGCUUGGUUUCCCCAACUUACAUUUUAUGUUUGAUUAUAGAGAAACACAGGAAAGCAAAGCAGUAGAAUAGUAUUUAGUUUUUUUCUUCCAAUUUCCACAUUCUCACCAUAUGAUCGGCUUAAUACAAAAUAUACACAGAAUGUUCUAUAGCUUCUAUAAAAUAUUAAUAACCCAACACCUUCUUGCAGACAUCCCAUCACUAGCACAGCAGCAGGGAUGUUUAUAAAACCCAUUGUCUGCCUGCAGGACUGCGUGCCAGGACGGAAACUUCUGGUUA